UUUCAUCUUUCCAUAUUAAAAGGAGACAUCAUUUAUUCGACAAAAGAAUCAUUGAACGUGUCCAAGUCAUGCAGGUUACCCCUGAACAACUCGUCAACGAAAUUGCCAAAAAGUAUAACGAACUUCCAAAAGAUAGGAGACUCCUAGUCGCAAUAGCAGGGCCACCUGGAUCGGGUAAAUCUACUCUCGCAUAUCCCCUCGCCGAUGCCCUCAAUUCCUUCAUCCUUGGCCAUCCACCCACAAAUCCUUCUCACAUUGAGAAUCCUGUUUCAUCUUUGCUUGCCGAAGGGAAUAUCCAGCAAGGAAAUGACGACGAGGUUGCCUUAACGAUAGGUUUGGAUGGAUGGCAUUAUCGUCGAGAGGAAUUAGACGACUUUGAUGAUCCUCAGGACGCUCAUUGGAGAAGGGGAGCUUCUUUUACUUUUAAUUUGAAUUCAUAUAGAAGUUUCCUCUCACUUCUCCGCAUUCCUCUUUACCCUCACCCGCCGAGAAACAUCCCCUUUCCAACAUUCGACCAUGCUUCUAAAGAUCCCAAGCCUUCACCUUUCCCUAUCUUACCCGGACACCGCAUCAUCCUCAUAGAAGGUCUUUAUACUCUUCUUGACCAACCUGGCUGGAGAGAGUGUGCAGCAAUGAUGGAUAUGGGCGUCUGGGUUGAUGUUGAUGAGAAUGUAGCAAGGAAACGAGUAAUAAAAAGAAACUGGGAGGCUGGAAUUGUUGAAGAUGUCAAAAAAUGUGAAGAAAGAGUCGAUGCCGUGGACAUGAAAAAUAACGAACAGGUCAGGAAUUAUCUUGUCGAUCCGACAUAUAUCAUUAGAUCUAUCGAGGGGGAGUUCAUUUCAAAGCAAAACUUCCGUUUCGACUAGAACAUCCGAUUAAUGCAGCGCUAAGAUAGAGAAUAUACCUCCAUUAUGUCCAAAAAAAAGUAUGAAAUUACACGAAUGUCCAAAACGCCGUCCACUAUCUCAAAGAUCAAUGCUGCUCUCUUUAACUAUGACAGAACUCAGAUCAUCCGAAUGAGCUCAUUUAUUUUCGGUCCGUUAGCCAGUACGUCCGCUCGAACCUCUCCAACUCCGCUCUCCUCGUCCCACCCGGCCGAUCUAGACUUGGCAAGCAUCUCAUCCCACCAAGGGAAAAGAAGGUCUCGAGCAAUAAGCUUGAACCACGGG